UCACUGGAAGACUGGCUAUCGUCGACACAAGAACCAACUGACCGGGUCUCCGUCUCCAGUCACAAGGCGACAGCUCCAUUUCGCUAGCUGCAUCUCUUCUUCGUCUGCAGGACCUCACUCGUCCUCCAAUGAGGAUUUAACCAUUUCCUUUCAGAAAUGAAGUCAAAAGUCGGGGCUAUUUGAAGAGGGCGAGCCCAAUACCACUGUUACUCCUGAUGAUGCUGGGAUGUUCGCUGUCUCAGUCAGACAACACCCUCUUCAAAUUCGUCAAACGGCAAGCGAAGUACACUACUAUCUUGGGAAGCACACCUGUACACUCGCUCACAGCUUGUGCUCAGUUCUGCACAACAUAUGCUGGCUGCACGUCAUUCAACCUGGAGGUUGCCGGUUUAACAAAUGGAAACCUACGACUGUGUGAGGCAACAACAGGCCCAAAUGAAACCCCAAGCAUGAGUUUCAGCAUGUACAACAUAGUGACCCACACGUCAACCGCACCACCAGUUCUUGUGUACCGACUCUUUGCGGUACCAAGCAAAGAUGAAGGCUGCUCUCCAGGCAGGGUGAUCACAACUAUUGCCUUCAAACCUAAUGAUAACACUCAUUCAGACAUAGAUUUCUUCAUCUGCAGCAAAAUAGAAAAACCUGUGAAACAAAAUGUGGAUAGCAGUAAGGAAGCAAUGAUAGCUACAGAUGCAGCAACGUCAGCAUUAUGCCCCGAUAACAAGGUCUUGCAAGGCUUCAAGUCUGGUGACAAAGAGUGGGCAACCCUCUCUGAUAUGAAGGGUCGAUGCCACCUUCUUGUUAACUGGAUCGUUGACAAAACUAAGUGUGUGGAUGCCUUGCCCACCAAUGAUCUCACCUAUUAUCCCAAUGCUUUUGCUGGAAUCCCAGAAGUGUCAAUGUGGACAUCUUGGUUACACUGUCCUGACUGCUAUUUUGGGGCUGGUAUACGAACGAUGAAAAACACUUCCACAGGAAAACAUCAGCUCUUAUCAAUGCAAUGCUGCAAGAUUGUUGACACCCCUUGAGAAGUAAUGUCAUUAAAACUGGAUUUUCAGGAAAAGUUUUAUGCACACAUGGUCUUUAGUGUUUCUAACCCACAAACAGAAUCUGAAAUCUCUGUUUUCUGACCAUGUACUCUGUAAAAGUGACCUGAAGCAAACAGAAAGUCAAAUUACUAAAUGAGUGAUAAAAGAAGGUUUUUCAAUUUUCAGUUAAUUUCAUAUCAAGGACAACAAUGAUUUGUUAAAGAAUCAACCAUUACACUAAUACUCCAAAGGUAUGAUGGAUUCUUUGAGAGAUUUAAAGUAAAUUAUAAAGGAUUAAU